AAGAGGAACAAGAACUGUCCAAGCUGGGUGAAGUCUCGGUUUAUAUACGUUUUGGUUUUAGGAUGUUGAGGGGCUAGGUGUAGGUUAUGAUAGUCGGUCGCCUCGAUCGCCUCGCGCUCGUCGCAGGCUUCGAUGGCGUCCAGGGGUAAGAGGAGGAGAAUAGCAGCAACAACCCCGGAGGUGUCCGAAGAGUUGGAGGCGCAGAUGAGGACGAGCUCCCCGGCGGACAUCAGCGCGAGCCUGACGAUGCACGUGUCCGAGAUAAUGCACGUCGCGACGACGUCGUCAAACCUCAAGGGGACCUACAUCAGAUCCCUGAAGAACGCGGCGAGCUACAUCACCGCCGCCUGGAACACGGAAUCCUCGAGGAGGACGAGGCCAGCGCGAGACACCGACACGAGGCUGUCCGUGCUGGAAGAGGAGAACGCAGCCCUCCGCCAGGAACUGAGGAGACUGGCUGCACGCGUCCACGAGUGCCCGCGAUGCACCGACGCGACGCCCGAAUACGUCCGUCCUCCGCGGGAAGGGGGAAACGACAGGACGCGUCUAGACGCCCUGGAAAGAGUAGUCCGAGAACUAGGACCUUCCAUUCUCAGGAUCGUGGAGGAACGAUUCGGGGGCACGCGAUUGCAACACACCCCCGAAGCACGACCGAGCAAGGACCGCUCCGUCGAUCCCCGCGCUGCCCAAACAACGUCGCCCCCAAGGGAGCAUGAGGACGGGGGAUGGGAACUGGCAGAGACGAAGAAGAAAAGAAGGAGAAGGGGGAAGAAGACGAACGGGACGAAGACAGCAGCCGCCGCCGUCGGAGGAGAGGCGGCGAGGAAAGGAUCGACCGCGCCACCACCGACGCGAGCACAACGGCAGCAGCCCCAGCCCGGCAGGACUACAGGCGCACCGAAAGCGAGCGCCCCCGCAACGCAGAAAGGACCACCGCGGACACCCAAGGCGGUCACGCCCCCUCGCGCACCGCGAACAUCCGCGGUGACCCUGACGUUGAACGAGGGAGCGAGAAUGUCGUACGCCGACGUCCUGGAAGCAGCCAGAACGAGGAUCCCGCUAUCGGAGCUCGGCAUGGAGCGCUUAGAGAUGAAGAAGGCGAUGACGGGUGCCAUCAUAAUCCAAGUCCCCGGAAACAAGGACAGGGGAAAUGCGACGCUACUGGCGACGCGUCUGGCCGAGACGCUGGACCCGACGGCGGUGAGAAUCGCCACACCGACCAGGAUGGUGGAGCUACGCGUGACCGGUAUAGACAUCUCGGUCAAGAAGGAGGAGUUGCGAAGAGCAUUGGCCUCAGCGGCAGGAUGCGGCAGCGCGGAGGUGCAGGUGGGCGAGAUCGGCGCCACCAGAGGCGGCCUCGGGUCGGCAUGGAUCAAGUGUCCGGCAGCAGGAGCCCGCAAGCUGGCCCAGGCGGAGAAGAUAGCCCUGGGCUGGUCAACCGCGAGGAUAAGGGCCAUCCCGAAGCGGCCGUUGCAGUGCUUCAGGUGCCUGGAACUGGGGCACGUACGCGCCACCUGCGUAUCCGGCGAAGACCGAGGACACCUGUGCUACAGGUGCGGCGGGAGCGGACACCGCGCCAGAGACUGUCCCGCGUCCGCUCCCAAGUGCCCCCUGUGCGAGUCGCUCGGAGCGCCCGCGAAUCACAGGAUGGGCGGAGAGGCAUGCACCCCCCCCCCCCCCCCAAAGUCAAGAGGAAGAGACCGAUCCGCCAACCAGCAGCAGCAGCAGCCGCGGAAGGGACGCCAGGAAGCGCCGCCGAACCAGCAGCGGCGGAUGGCCGGGAGGAGGCCAUGA